AUGUUUGCAAAACUGAAGAAGAAAAUUGCAGAAGAGACUGCUGUCACUCAAAGGCCAGGAGGUGCUACUAGGAUCCCACGAUCAGUGAGCAAGGAGUCCGUUGCCUCCAUGGGAGCUGACUCAGGAGAUGACUUUGCUUCUGAUGGAAGCAGCUCCAGAGAAGAUCUUUCAUCCCAGCUUUUGAGAAGGAAUGAACAAAUACGGAAAUUAGAGGCCAGACUUUCUGACUAUGCUGAACAGGUCCGCACCUUGCAGAAGAUAAAAGAGAAGCUUGAAAUUGCCUUAGAAAAACACCAGGAUUCUUCCAUGCGGAAAUUUCAAGAGCAGAAUGAGACAUUCCAAGCCAACAGAGCCAAAAUGGCAGAAGGACUGGCUUUGGCAUUAGCCAGAAAGGACCAGGAAUGGUCAGAAAAAAUGGAUCAGCUUGAAAAGGAUAAAAGGUUUCUGACAGCUCAGUUACAGGAAAUGAAGAACCAGAGUUUGAAUCUUUUCCAAAGAAGAGAUGAAAUGGAUGAAUUAGAGGGAUUCCAGCAACAGGAACUAAGUAAAGUAAAGCACAUGCUUUUAAAAAAAGAAGAAAGCUUGGGGAAAAUGGAGCAAGAAUUGGAGGCACGAACCAGAGAACUUAGUCGCACCCAGGAGGAAUUGGUGACGUCCAGCCAGAUUUCGUUAGACUUAAGCCAGAAGCUGGAAGAACUGCAGAGACACUACUCAGCGCUGGAAGAGCAGAGAGAUCGUGUGACAGCUUCGAAAACAGGUGCAGAAAAUAAGAUCACAGUCCUGGAGCAAAAGGAACAGGAGCUCCAAGCAUUCAUUCAGCAACUUUCCAUUGAUUUGCAAAAGGUCACUGCUGAAACUCAAGAGAAAGAAAAACUCAUCACACACUUGCAGGAGAAGGUUGCAUCCCUGGAGAAGAGACUAGAGCAGAAUCUCUCAGGGGAAGAACAUGUGCAGGAACUUCUGAAAGAGAAAACACUUGCUGAGCAGAAUUUGGAGGAUACCAGACAGCAGCUCUUGGCAGCCAGAAGCAGCCAGGCCAAGGCCAUCAACAACCUGGAGACUCGGGUGAAAGAACUGGAGCAGAGCCUGCAGGCCUCUGAGGAGAAGCUGAAGCAGAGCAGUGAUGUGGUGGCAGCUCAGGAAGCUCAAAUUCGAGAGCUUGCCACCGCGAACAAGGAGAGCAGCCGUGCCCAGCAGCAGGUCCUCUCUCGGGAGGAGCAGUGCACGGAGCGGAUCCACGUGCUGGAGGCCCAGCUCGCAGGCCUGGGCAGAGCGCGGGUGGCCGAACUGAAAGCCACAGAGCAGGAGCUGAGAAAGCUGGAGCAAGAAAAUGCAGCCCUUAAAGAAAGUAAGAAUGAAUGUGAAUGUUCUUUACAGCAUCACCAGCUUGAACUAAAGAAGCUGAAGGAAGAGUGGAGCCAAAGGGAAAUCGUGAGUGUGGCAAUGGCUCAAGCCCUGGAGGAGGUGCGGAAGCAGAGGGAAGAGUUGCAGCAGCAGGCCACUGACCUGACAGCCAUGGUAGGCGAGAAGGAACAGAGUCUGCAGGAGAAAAUGGAAGUGAUUCUCCAGAAAGAGCAGGAGAUUCUCCAGCUGAAGAAAGGUCACGACUCUGCGCUGCUGCAGACACGCCAGCUCCAGAGCGAGCUGGAGGCCCUGCAGGGCCUGAGGGCCGAGGAGGCGGAAGCUGCAGCCACGCGGGAGGACCUGCUGAGGCUGACAGGCCAGGAGCAGCCCAUGGUGCUCUCAGCCAGCAAGCCCCAUGUGACCUCGAGGGCUGGGCAAGACCCCGAGUACCAGCUUCCAGCUGUGGGGGGAAUACCAAACGGAGAGAUGGGGGCAGCCAUGGAUCUGGGGCAGCUACAGAAGGAAAAACAGGACUUGGAACAGCAACUUCUAGAGAAAAAUAAGACCAUAAAGCAGAUGCAGCAGAGGAUGCUGGAGCUCAAGAAGACUCUGCAAAAGGAACUGAAAAUCAGACCUGAUAAUGAGCUUUUUGAAGUCCGAGAGAAGCCUGGGCCUGAGAUGUCAAACAUGGCGCCUUCGGUCACGAAUAAUGCUGACCUGACUGACGCUCGCGAGAUCAACUUCGAAUACCUCAAACACGUGGUUUUAAAAUUCAUGUCCUGUCGUGAAUCUGAGGCUUUUCAUCUUAUAAAAGCUGUGUCAGUGUUGCUGAACUUUUCACAAGAGGAGGAGAACAUGCUCAAAGAAACCCUGGAGUAUAAGAUGUCGUGGUUUGGGUCCAAGCCAGCUCCCAAGGGCAGCAUCCGGCCGUCCAUCUCCAACCCUCGGACACCGUGGUCCUAG